AUGAUACCAUUAUAUGCACUUUUCCUAAUUCCCCUGGUGAAUGGAUGGACCUUCCGCUACACCAACGCGACCAAUGCCACCGAAAUCGCCCGCGGCCAAGAUUCACAGAACUGCACAAAUUCCCCUAUUGGUAAAGAAAAGCUUUUUACCUGGGAUCCCGAGGGAUCUAGUCUAUGUGUCUCGAUAUACCGCGACCUCAAGUGUGACUCCAGGGCGGGAUAUGCAUGCGGAAUAUGGAGAAAGAAUGCCAGUGAAGCAUUUGCGGCUUUCGAUGUCCUGCCUGAGACGGAUAUUGAUGCCAAACACCAAACCUCUACACUCGCGGUAUCGACGUCUACAUCCGCUACGACAUCCAUAUCCACAUCUUCAUCUGUGUCUUCGGGAUUGGUAUCCGCAACCCCCACCGAGUCCACCGCAGUGUCUAUAGCCAAUUCCGACAGCGGCUCCUCUGGUCCAUCUCUCUCCGGUGGUGCUAUUGCAGGCAUCGUGGUUGGCGUCGUAGCUGCGGUUGCCAUUAUAGUCACUUUCGCUGUCGUUCUCAUCAGAAAGAGGAACAAAAAGAAUGCCGCGGUUGCUAACCAGCAUGGUGGUUAUGGGCCCCAUGAGGCAGAUGCUACUAGAUCAUCGAUAAGUGGUACUACCGCGGUUGUGGAGAAGGCAGCAGACUCAGCCGUGCGCCCAUUCAGGCCUCCCCCUGGGUCCAAAAUUGUUGAGUUGGUUGGAGGUGAAGUGAGUGCUGAACUGGGCAGCAGCCCCAUAAGUGAGAUGGAUGGAAACAAUAUCAAGGAAGGUUUCAACCGGUUCUAA